AUACAGUCCCGCUUAGGUGAAAGCAGACCAGACAGUCGCUGUUCAGUGUUCGCGCUUCUUUGCUUAGGCUGAAUAGUGCUCAACUGUUGCGAUAAAGUUGAACUGCGGAUGAUGUCCACAGUUUUAGGGGCAGGCUGGUUCAGCGUGCUGACGGCAGCGAAAUGAGCGCAGCGAGCGUGGUCGCGGCACUGCGAGCGCAGCAGGAGCAGCGGAGGAGGGCGCUUCUGCUUCAGCAGCACUUUGAUGUGACUGUGGCACCAAAGAGCAAAGCCGAGGAUGCCUCGCCGCUCGGAAGCGCGCCUCCCGACGACGCAGACGGCCAGGGGUGGGCUCCGUCGCAGCGCCGCGCUGCCGUGUUGUUGACGCAAGUUGUCGGGCCCGCCCUUGAACCAUUAGGUGGCGGCGCAGCGCAGCAAGUGCCGUGGGGCACCAAGUGCCUGCCCUGGGCGCAUCUGGCGGUACGGGAGAAGGCGAUCGCCCUUGCCGUUGAGUCCUCGGAUGCGGCAAGGGCUGCCGCUGCCGCCUCGCCGACAGCAGCAGCCGCCGCCUCCGCUGCUGCCGCCUCUGGCGUCACUGCGCUUGGCGCCGGACCAACUUGGCCGCUAGCGGGGCCGGCUCAGGUCUGGGCUGCGGACCCGCAGGCUCGGGCUGUGAUGGCGGCGGUGGCGUGGGCGCGUGACGGGCUGUUGGCGGACGUGGAGGCGGCGGCGGAGCUGCCGUGUCGCGCCGCUGCUGUCCUCGCCGCCACCGCCGACGCCAGCGCAUACGCCCAGGCUCGACGCUUUCUGGACGCGCUUGAUAGCGAGGUGAAAGCUGAGGCGGAGUCGGUGGAGGCGGGUGCCCGGGAGGAAACGGCGGCAGCGGCGGCGCUGAGGCGGUGGCGCCAGGAGCAGGAGACGGAGCUAUGUGCGCUGCCUCCGCACUUUGACUCGCCUGAUUGCGGCUGCUGGCGCUGCUGUUACAUACCUGACGAAGAUGGUGACAGCUGGAGCUCAGCUGUCACAAGGGUGCCAGAGACGGUCGUAGCGAUGCAGCGCCUGCAGGCUGACGGCGAGCAGCAUGAGGCAGACCUGGAAGAGGCGGCGGCGCGAGGGCGGCGCAUACUGGAGUAUCGGCGAAUCCGCCACGAGGGGACUGAUGCGAUUGUGUCUGGCCGGAUGCCCAUUCCCAGCGCCUCGGCAGCGUGGAUGUUUCUCGCGCAGCUGUGUCCCAAGCACCCCGAGCAGCUCGGCUUCCUGCAGCUCAGUCCCGCGGACACCUCUCCGCUUGAGCGCCAUCCUUCAGCAGGCAGCGACUCGGCGGCAAGCCCACACGGCACGGCAGGCGGCGUGGUGCCGCCGCUGUCACCCGCAGCCACGUGGUUGGCACGGGCUCGGCAGCUGGCGGCGGUGGCCUGGCGGCGGCUGGUAGCAGCAGCGGCGGCGGUGGACGAGGCGCAGCAGGAGGAGCCGGGGGCAGGCAGCGGUGCUGGCGGCCUGAGCGGUUCGCCAGAGGCCCCGGGGCUAGCGUGGACGGUAUUUCGUGAAGCCAUGCGUGGUCUGCUUCUGCUGCUUCGGUCGCGGGGCAAGGGCACGACGGUGCCCGCUCAGGAGCAGGUGACUGACCCGCUGGACUGGCCGCAUGACCAGGAGCCGCCGCCGGACCCGCUGGCAUGCGCCGUACUGUCAGUGUACUUCAACUUCUGGCAGGAGUACGGCGUGCCGCGGUACAAGUCUCUUGAGGCGGGCAGUGUUGACUGGCCGGCAUUCGUGCCGUCCGUACGGCAAAUGUACGACAUGAUCCGGUUCGUACAGCUGCCGCUGGAUCUGCAAGACCUGGACGGACAGCCGCUCCAUGCCGUCGCCGCCGCGUUCGACGUCGUACGCCAGCCGCCGCCACGCCGCCUGUCGGACGCAGCACUGCUGCCGCUGCUGGACACACUUGAGACGCCAAAUCUGCUGAUCGAGCAGCUGUCACGUGCAGCUGUUUGGAAGACGGCGACAGUUGGCGUGUUGCAGCAGCGUGUGGGCACACGCGGCGCAGCUGCGGCGCAGGCUGCGGCUGCCACUGCCAUGGCGGCAGCGGCGGCCGCCGCUGCGGCCCGCGCCACGGCUACGGCUGCCGCUGUUAAUGCCGGCAGCACCUCUGCUGGCCUGUCGCCCCGGCUGCGAUCAGGGUCGCGGCAACAGGCGGAGCUGCCGACGGGCGUGGAGUGGGAGUGCGAGCGGGUGGUGGUGGAGGCGGCGGAGGUGCUGGCGCAGGAGGCACUUCAGGGCGCCCUGGUUAACGUGGGCCAGCGUCUGGGGCUGGCGCGCGAUGCGGAGGUGGCGUUGAAGGUGUUGGCCUGGAUGCGCGACAACGACUACACACAGAGCUGGACGGACGAACACGAUGAGGGAGAGGGUCUGGAUGAGGACGAGGGCGAAAGCGAGGGCGAGGAUAGCGAGGAAGUGGUUGAGGAGUAUGUGGCUGACGAUCAGCCGCAUGUUGGAUUGGAUGCCGCGCCCGCCAGCAGCAUCGCCCAGCGGCAGCAGCAGCAGCGGCAGCACCAGCAGCAGCAGCAGCAGCAGCUGGAUGGUGGGACGGGGCUCGGCGAGCUCACGACUGUUGAGGACGAGGCACUGGACGAGUGGGAAGAGGCGGCGGACGCAGGGGAGGAGGGUGGCUUGGAGUCCGGAGCCGCGGCAACAGCCACUGUGUCAGCCGUGCGUGCAGGCUGCAGCGGCGGCCGCAGUGGUGGCGGCGCGAACCUGCCCACCUGGAAGGCUCUGUUGCGGCCACGGCAGCUGCCAGUGGCGGAGGCGGCGGCAGAGCAUUCGAGAGCCACCGCGGCCGCAUCCAGCAGCCCGGCAUCCAGCAACGCCGUGACAGCCGCGGCAGCCGCCAGUGCCGGCAACAGCAAUGGCGGCACCGGUGACGGAGCAGCCGCCGCUGGCGCAGCAGCGGUAGCAGCAGCAUCAACCGCCGGUGGGCUGCAAGACUGGCUGUUGCCGCUUCAGGCAGGGCUGUACGACGCAUUGUACCUCAGUGAGGCGCCGGCGGCGGACGAGCCGGCAGCAGAUGACUUAGCUGCUGCAGCAGCCGCCUCCGCCAACGCCAACGCGGCUUCUGCUGCUGCUGCGGCGGCGGCGGCACAGCUUGGCUCCGUGUCGUACGCGUUAAAGAUUCUCCGCACAGCGGACGCAUACGGUUUGCUUCAUCCAGACCCGCACGUGCUAGCUACUGCGGCUCCGCUACCGGUGGCUGCGUCGGCGCCGCAGCAGGCGGCUUGCGCCGCCAGCAGGGCGGCAGCGCCGCCGCCGGUAACGGCGCUGCGGCAGUUGCUGGAGAAGGUGCAUGAGACCCACGUGGCCCUCGGCCAAGACUUGCUGCGGGGCGCCUCCUCCGCACUCGUGGGAGCAUCGGCGGCGGUGCUUAACACUGCCACUUUAUCUGGUGCUACUGCUACUGUUGCGGCUGCUACUGCCCACGUGAAUGCAGCCACUUUAACGCGGGCCUGCCAGCAGACAAUCUCCCAGCACGCCACGGCGGUGAUUUGCCAGGGGCUUCGGCCUGCCCUGGCCCACAUGGAUGUAUGCGUCUUGGCCGGAUUGGAGCCAUCCGAAGGCGCAACGGUGCAGAAGCGCGCUCAGCAGGUGCAACAAGGCCUCUUGAAAGCCAUUGAAGCAUUGGGCGCGGUGAAGUGGGAACUCGACCGCGUGAUGGCAAGUGCCGGGAAGGAGGCGACUGCGGCCCCGGAGGCGGCGGUAACAGCAGCGACGGCGGCUGCCACCGCUGCCGCUACUGCGGCGGUGGAUCUGGUGCAGGAGCUGCAGCCACGACUGUUUGAGGCGCACCCACGGAGCUGGGGCCAACUGGCGAUGAUGGUGCGGAAGGGCUGGACGCACAACAGCAUCUUGCACCUGCUGCUGUGUGCAGUCUGGGGACUCCAGCUUGUGCAGCCGCUGCUGCCACCUGUCACCGCCGCCGGCAUGCCGCCGCGCGAGGCAUGGCUGGGCCUUGCGCCACUGGCUGCGGCGGGUGCCGUCUACGCCGCUGAAAAGCAGGCGGCACGGCACAGGGCAGCGGCAGGGGUGGCGGAGGCGGCGCAGCCCGGCCCUCCGCCAACACUGCACGGGCCAUCCGUGGCGUCGGCGGUGCCGCAGUAUGCGCUCACCGGCUCGGACGCAGUACGCAGCGGGUUCUGUGGUGCCGGCGUCUACGCCUUCCUCGCCUACGCCAGCCUGUUGCACUGCCCGCCCCUCAGCGAACUGCCAACGCAUCCGAGAUGGCUCGGCGCGCUGGCUUCCUGGGAGCUCAGACACCCACCACAGCCGCAGGCACAGCAGGGGCUACAGCCGCCGCCGCCGCCGCACGCACUUCAGCUGUUUCCCGCGGCGACCCUGCACUCGGCGCAGCAGUGCCUGAGGGGCCUGGCGCGAGGGCCGCUGGCUCUCCGGGCGGCGCUGUGCCACUACCUGCAUCGGCGUGCCUUCAUCCUGGCAUGCCUGCCGGCAGACGAACCCGCACACGAAGCGGAUUGUUAUACGCGGUUGGCGGUGCUGGCAGCGGCGUCCGCGUGCUGGCAGGUGGCGGUGCGGGGCGAUGCGGUGCGGCAGCGCCUGGUGCAGGAGACCGGGCUGGAGGAGGCGGAGGGGCAGGAGGCGGCGGCGGCGGCGGCGGCGGCGGAGGAGGAGGAGGCAAAGGCGCUGCGGUUUUUGAACGAAAUAAAGAGCAUACGUGACCAUGAUGAGGAAGACGAGGGGGAUGACACGCAGCAACAGGAGCUGCAGCAGUUGGAGCAGGGGUGGGAGGGGCCAGAUGCAGCAGGGGUGGCAGCUCCACACCGCCGCGGCGGAGGCGAGCAAGGUGGGGAGCAGGAGGAACGGCAGGAGCUCCAAAUUUUGGACAUCACCACAACCUCCUCCGCAGGGGUUGGCGGCGCGGCUAGCGGCGGCAGCAGCCCCGACCGGCCGCCAGGCCUGAGCCAUCGGGUGCGGCUGGUGCCCCGACGAGCCAAGCGGGGGCCACAGCCGCAGCCGCUGCUGCCCCCAGCUGCCGAAACCCAGCCCACCGCAGCGGCUGGUGCGGCGCUAGCGGCAACCAGCACCGUGACGCCGCCCCCUAUAGCAGCUGCGCUGACGGGGGCGGCGGCGCCUCCGCCGCCGCCCCCGAGCCGUGUGCUGUACUGCCUCGGGCCGGGAAUGCCGUCUCUGCUCAUGGCGCAGGCUCUGAUGCACGGGGUGCUGGUGUCUCGGCGCGUGACGCUGCCGCAGCCGCUGAUGCAACGCCUGCUCGACGCAGCGGCGCCGCCAGACUCGGCAGCUACACCAGGCUCUCAACCACAACCGCCGCCGCCGCCCCCGCCAGAGCUAGACGCGCAGCUGCUGCGUCAGCACCUGCACGAGUACCGCCAACGCCAGCUUGACGUGGCACGCCUGCAUGGGCUGCCCGAGGUUGACCUGAUGGUGAGCGGGCCAGCGCAUGCGACCCUGGCACUUCUGUGCCUGCAGAUACACGCAGCUGUCAUCGGAGGCGCUCCAUACUGGCUUGGGUUCCAGCCUGAGGCGGCGGCGGCGGCGGAUACAGGCGGAUCCAACGCUGCUGGUUCCGGACCCCCAGCCGGGCCCGCUGCUGUGCUGCUGCGCGGCCUGCGGCCCGUGCUACUGCCGGUGCAAAUGCAUAAGGAGGGGCACAGCUUCUAUAAGUGGAACCUGAUCCCGCGAGUGACCGUCAACACCACGAGCAAGCUCGCCGACCAGGCUCGUGCGGUGCGUGACACGCUCACCGCACACCGGCUGGCGAUGGUCCGAGUUGACGGCGCGGUGGCGGUGCCGCGGGCACUGCAUCUGACGCUGCUGGUCCGACAGGCGCUGUUGAGUCAGGGGCGCGACUGCUACGUAGGCUGCUCGGAAGUCUGGCCCUUGGGCUUCGACACGCGGGCGCAGACGGAUCGGAACUGUGGCGGCAGCGGCUACGGCAGGGGCGGCGGCCGUGGCAGCGGCAGCAACUCCGAGGGCGAUGAUGACAUGCGGUCACCGUGCCGACGCUUAACAGCCGCGGUAAUAAAGCUGCACGAACAUCUCGAACAAACUCGGCGGUUCAUGCGGAGUAAGCCGCUGCCAGGCGCGCUGCAUCGCUCGGGCGCAGCGGCCGCAACUGCUGCAGUGUCGGCAGCGGAGGGGGCGGACGCCGCGGACGCAGAGGGGCUGCAUUGGAUGGAUGUCGCGACACGCGACUGGUGCGAGGAACGCAUAAUGCGGGACAUGCACAGCGUGCUGCAGCUGCUUGGCGGAGGCGAUGGCGGUGGCGACGCAGCAGCGCGGAGCUCUGUGUCGGCGGCCGCCGCGCCGGGGGUGGCCGAGGGCUCGGUGGCGGCGGCUCCGUCCCGUGCGGCGGCGGCUCUGGGUCUGGUGCUUUGCAUCGUGGAGUGUGAGCCCGACCUCGAGCAGCUAGCAGCACUGGCGCCGGGCGCAGCAGCAGCCGCUGCAGCAGCUACAGCUGGGGGCAGUGGCAGCGGCAGCAGCGGCUCGCCUGCACGCAUGGCGCCAGGCACCAUCAUAUUCCCGCCGCACGGCAAACCAGGUGCGGUAGCCGCCGCAGGGGCGGCAGGUGCAGCGCAGCAGGGGCAGACUGGAGCCGCGGCGUCCGCAAGCAACACGGUGGCGGCAGCUGCCGCUCGCGCAAAGGGCGCGGGGAAGGCGUCGGGCCGCGGCCUAGGCAAGAAAGCCCUUCAACGGGCGCUGUUUGACAAAUGAGGGGUGUUUGCCGUCAGGGGACCUUGGCCAGUUCAUUGUGUUUGCGCGUGUGCAAGUGGGCACGUGGCCUGGGUUACACGGGUACAUAACAUGGGGUUUGUUUCGUUUCAUUACACGGGUUUACUUAUGACCGCGCUUCCGAUAUGGCGAUGGCUGUGGCGAGCUGCCGAUUUGCAUAGCCGGAUGCAGCGCUGGUCUACCGCAGUGCAACAUAAUUGUCGGCUCAAUGAAUGUUGGUUCAAGCACUGCUAUUAAUUGAAUGUUCUUUCCUGAGGGCCUUCGGGGUCCAUCCGCUCGUGCGUGUGUGCAUGCGCGACUGCAGCCCACUCACCCCAUGUUUUCAGUAUGCAGACGCCCCUCAGGCGAAUUGAUGCGGAUUCCAAUGAUCUGUAAUGCAUUGUAAGACGGUGGCGACGUUGACCUUGUCCGGCGGAAUCGGUGAUGCGUGGAUGCGGAGCUGUGUGCACUGUGCAGGGCAGCAUGUCGGGAGGUCCUGGCUGGCAGCUGCGGUGCCCCGAUUGUUGGUGCUGGUUGGCGCUUCCGCGGACAGAGGGGAUAUGUUUGGGCUUGUCAAGACAUUUGGGGCGGUCGAAAUGGCAUGCUGGGAGUGCUGGUGGUUGAGCAAGGUCACCUGCCAGCAUGGAGGGCAUGGCAAUGGAGCGCGAUGACCUACGCCAACUUGCGUUCCGUAUGCGUCGCAGCGCAUUACUCGGAUUUCCUGUACAUAUCUCUCGACGGCAACAGUCAGCACGGUGUAGCAGGAUGUUGCAUUCAGCUCUGAGUUUUCGCUUGGGCAGUGUAAUAACUGAGCCAC